CCUUUUUCUCUUUUGCAGAGGGACGGUAGCUCAUAAAAUCAUGCAGAAGUAUGGUUUCAGAGAGGGACAGGGGCUGGGGAAGCAUGAACAGGGGCUGAGCACAGCGCUGUCAGUAGAGAAAACAAGCAAGAGAGGUGGCAAGAUCAUUGUUGGUGAUGCUACAGAAAAAGAUGCAGCAAAGAAAGCGGAUUCUAACCCAUUAACUGAGAUACUGAAGUGCCCUACGAAAGUGGUCCUGUUAAGGAAUAUGGUAGGUGCUGGGGAGGUAGACGAAGAUCUAGAAGUUGAAACUAAGGAAGAAUGCGAAAAAUACGGCAAGGUUGGGAAAUGUGUUAUCUUUGAGAUCCCUGGUGCACCUGAUGAUGAAGCUGUAAGAAUAUUUUUAGAGUUUGAACGGGUUGAAUCUGCAAUCAAAGCUGUGGUGGAUCUAAAUGGAAGGUACUUUGGUGGCCGAGUGGUGAAGGCUUGUUUCUACAACCUGGACAAGUUCAGAGUACUGGAUCUGGCAGAACAAGUUUGAUUUUAAAAAUCUAGCUCGAGGUGUCACUGUUUUGGCAAUCAUGUUUUCAGCAGUAGGCUGGGAAUAAAGAAGAGAAAAGUAGCUUUCCUAGCAAACUGGAAACAAGCCUCAUUGAAUGGAUUUUUCACAUUCGUUGUGACUUACACUUUUUGUAAUAUAAAGCCUUUGAAAGUAAAAUUCACGUCUGUGUGUUUUUGAAUUGCACUAUUCUGCUUAUUGCUCUGGGAAUCCUGAUUUUUUUGAGCUUUCAAAGGACGUCGUUCUUUUGAAACCCACUGCUGAGGAGAUGCUUUGUCUGUAUUCCUGCUUUCCUUGUUCUGGUGCUUCAUCAUGGAGUCCACUGUGCUGCAUCCACAAUAAGUGGGAAGCUUUGGAAAAGGACUGUGUGCUAUCAUGCUUCUCUUCCCUGAUGAUAUCUCCCAGAAUUCCAGCCUUGCUCGUAAGUCCUCAGCCUCUGCACUCCAGAGUGAUUUGGGGUUGUUGGAUGAUUGGCAGCUAGUUUGUUCUCUCCUGACUCCAGGACAAUACUUUCCAUACCAGAAUGGAGAGUAAAGUAACAAGGAAUGAAUUUGUGUUUCUUCCCAAAUCCAAAGAAAAUACCUAAGUUUAACCCAGGGAAAUGGAAGGAGGAAGGAGUUUAAAAUGCCUAGCCAUUUAAAUCGGAAUGAGUGGACUGUCAGUGGAAUUGCUCUGCUGUCGGACAGUCUUUGCUAGAGAUACCGAGGGUUAACUGAUUACAGGUCAGUAUUGAAGUGCUGUAGGUAGGACUGAAGGACACUCAUUCUUGUAUCUGGCCAGCUAUGUGAUUCUCACUUUUAACGUCGCACUUAGUUACCUAACUUUUUUAAUUGAUUCAAACCUGGCAUGUGCUCUCUCUGUAUAUUUCUGUAUUUGCGGCCAAAUAACAUUGGGGGGCGUUUUUUAAGAAGGCAUGCCAGUUGGAGUUUUCAAAAUAGCAGGCAAUGAAAUAAAAUUCUCAUAUGAAAAUCUGAAGAGUUGACAAACUAAACUACUAAAUGCUACAACUUUUUUUUUCUGUCUGAUGUAAAAUAAUACAUAGCACUGUUCCUGGUUUUAUGUUUGCUUUUUCUUUGGAAACAGUAUGUGACAAAGAGUUGGCAAGAGGUGGCUAUGCAAUGAUGACAUCAUACCUAGAAUUGCCACUGAAAUUGUACAAAUAUUAAAAUGGAAGAGAGCUUUGAGGGCAUUUUAGCCGGUUGGAAGUUGAUGCUGGAUGUCUUUUUCCUGUUGUACACAUGUAUUGGGGGGAGGGGGUAUAGACCUGUAGUUGAUCAAUGCUGUGAGUAUCUCCAGUUAUUGCCCUUUUUUAAGUUUUGGCUGCAGAUCUAUAUGACAAAUUCUUGGUCUUGUUUUUUGCUUAUUUUGUCUGCUUGUGUUCCAACAGCCUCUGUACAAACAUUCGCUUGUAAAACAGAAAACAAUUUUUAAAAAAACUUGUAUUUUA